GAAAUUAAUUCAGAGCUCGUCGAAUUCACUGUGCUCGCCAAACAUACCAAAUAGGUAAAGACGGAUACAAACAAAAUGUAUUGUUGAUAGCUGUAUAAGAUAUGACCAAGGCGAUGGCUGGCCUGGAUUCAUUACGUGGAAUUGCUAUUCUGCUGCUUGUAAUGGGAACCAAUGGGCAAACGGCAACUGUAACCGGUUUAUCGCCUGCAGCAGCUGGGACUGAUGUCACACUCACAUGUGAUAUUACAGGUGGAACAGCAGCUGCAAUUAUAUGGGUAGAUGAUAGUACAGGUGAAAGUAUCUUUGCUGGAACAGUCCCUAUCACUGAUGAUGAAAAGUUCAGAAACUUUGAUGUAACUACCCUGACAAAUACACAAUCAGUGAUGACAAUUUCUAGUGCAGAAGUAACAGAUGAUGGGGUCUAUAUAUGUCAAAUUCAGGGUACUGAUGGCAGUUUGGACUUUGUGGUGGAAGCUCCAGGAACUUUAACUGGACCAACUGUAAGAAGUUUUGUAAGUAGCAGUGAAGAGGAUAUGUAUGAAGCAACAUGUGAAGUUGUUGGAAGCAAACCACAAGUUAACAUCACAUGGUAUCUGAAUGGUGUUGAACAGACUAAUGGCAAUGGCAAGACGAUAGUGCAAACACACCCACCAACACCAUCUAAUCCACCAUUAUCUAAUACAAUGAGUACGUUCACUUUCCCAGCAACUCAAGAAAAUCAUUUACAGACUUUGGAAUGUCGCGCUACUGGAUAUCAGCUUACAGAGCUCGAAAGUCAGGAAUCAAGAGAUUUAGACAUUCAUACCUCUCCAUCUACUGCUGGUACUACUGUCACUGUUGAUUAUAUAACCGAUAGAACAGACAUCAGAGUAACAUGUACCGCACAUAAUGAACCUACUCCAAUAAUGAGAAACUACUAUAUAUUCUCUAAUGGUACCCUGAUACAUGAAUCAAUUAAUAGUGUGAAUGAUAUCACUACUUCAAAUCCUGAAGUUGGAAUAACGUACACGUGUAUGGCUGGUAAUUACCUUGGAAAUACAUCACUUAGUGCAGCAGUUACAUAUGACCCAAUAAGAACCACCAAUCCUUCCCCGACAACUGGAACGCCAACUGAAAUAGACGAUCAAACCUCGAAUCCAACGGAGGAGACUACACCCGAGCCUACACCAUGUCCUUUGAGUUCUGGAGCAUCUGCUGGAAUAGCUAUUUUAGCCAUCCUCUUAGUAGCUUCUAUCAUCGUCAACAUUGUUCAGUUCAUUCUUCUUAGGGGAAAAACCAAACCAGAGUUCCAUGAUUCAAAGAAUAAUAAGAGCAAUGAAAUAAAUAUACCACAGGAAGUGAAUGAUAACGUGGCUUAUGAGAUGAUUCAAAGUGGGAAUCGAGCAUACACAACGUUAAAACUUGGUACUACCCACUCCUUCGUCAUUGCCCGUGAAAACGUGACAUUCUUCACCAGACUCGGCUCGAUUGGGCGGGGUGACUUCGGCGAGGUAUGGAAGGGAGACCUUCAAUCAAAACAAAACCAUCUCGACGUUGCUAUUAGGCAAAUACCAGAUCGCGUGACAAAAUCAUUACAAGUUCUUCAAGCCAUCAAGGUACUUUACGAGCUAUCGGAUCAACCAAAUAUUGUAAAAUGCCUAGGAUAUUGUAAAGAACAAGGUAGUAUUCUGUAUGAGUUCAUCUCAGGGGGUACACUCCUUACCCAUCUACAUACUUCAGGGGUGCAAUCUCAACCUACGUACAGCAAUCUCAAACCAAACGGUGUUCGUAUUGAUGAGGGUACCCUACUUAACUUGGCUUGGCAGGCUGCUAAAGGGAUGCAGUUCCUUGCAUCUAAGAAGAUCAUCCACGGGGCUCUCUGCGCUCACAAUGUGUUGCUAGGAGAAAGAAAGCAAUGCAAGAUAUCAGAUUACGGACUUUCUUCAUCGCUCCUUGGUGACGUAGCUAAACCAUCCAGAUGGAGUUCACCAGAAACCAUGGCAACGGGUGACCAAACAACAGAAGGAGACAUAUGGUCUUUUGGUAUCGUCUUGUGGGAAAUUGUGACACUGGGUGCAAGGCCCUACCCAAAUAUGACAUUCAGCACGGUUCGGACGGAGGUUGCUAAUGGUUACCAGAUGCCAUGUCCUCGUCACUGUGCACAAGAAGUGUAUGUGGUUAUGACUGGUUGCUGGGACAAGGAACCCCAAAAUCGGAGUAACUUUGAUCACAUCCUGAAGAGUAUGGAUAGGAUUUUAGAAAAGAAACACAGUUACUUGUCUCUGAAUGACUUGGAUGAUGGGUUGUAUGCUUCUACUCUGGAGAUGUGAUGCAAAGAGCAUAAAACAAUGCCUCACAAUAUGUGUUUUAUACGGAAGCUCAAGACAUACGUGUUAGAUUCAUGUGUAAUUAAUUCACGCAUUUCAUUCUUCUCUGGAUACCAUUGGUCCCUUGACUUGAUCUAAAUUGAAUUUGUUGUUAAAUUUCUUUUACAAAUAUAUUAUGCUAUGCAGUGGUAUAUUUAGUAUCAGAAGGCAUAUAAAAGUGUAAUUUAAUUUUCCUAGUGUGACGAGAUAAUAAUACACGUUUAAGUCUGGAGUACAGAGUAGAAAAAGGAUAUCGCUAGGUGAACAACGGACUUGUGAAUCUGAAUCGUCAUGUGUAUAUAUGUUUGUAUAUAAACUGUUUUAAACGAUUUGACAUGGCGUGGCUUGUUGCUUAUUCAUGAGUGCAUGUCUGAAUGGAGAUUCAGGAGGUUUACGUUGGAGUUUGUCCAGGACAGGUAACAAUAAGAGCUUGUCAGGACCAGCAAACGUAACACUAGUAGUAAUCUGUUUUUGUUUCGUUUUAUUUUACCCCUCACCAAAACCAAAUUCAAGGUCCCGUAACAUAAAGGUAAACAAUUAAUCGUACUCUUGAUUUUACGCUUGAUUGUACAUUGUAGUCAAUGCAAUCAAUCGUUGAAAAAAAAUUACGAUGAUUGCUAGGCUUCGUGUUACGGGAUCUUGACUGACUUUCUUUCAAUUUACAUACAAUCUGUUGGGUAGGUUUCGUUGGUGUUACUAUGGCAUCGGAUUAAGAAAACUGUACAUGUUCAUGCCAGGGUCGAUGUCUACAUAAUAUUUAGUUUAUCCACACUAAAUACUUGGCGUUGGCAGUUUGUUAUGUAACCUUAUUGCUAUGUAUGAUAUAUCUCCAUGUGAAAUGUAUGUUGGACACCUAUUUAAAGCAAAUAUUAAAGCUGAACAGGUUAGUCUGACUAUAUGAAAUAGAUCACUCAUGUAAAUAAUUGUUUCCAAAGGAUGUAAGAACGGUAAGUUCUAUACCAAAACAAAUGAAAAUUGAGUUAAUAAAUCGGAUUCUCAUUGCAUUGAUGAAUGUGGUGAGUGAUGGUGUAUGUGAUUUUUUUUUUUGGGGGGGGGUGCGAAAUUAUUUUUGGUGCUGUUGAUGAAGAUGCAUGUGUAUAUAAGGUGGUGAAGUACUGUGUAAUAGCUGAGCUGAAGAUGUACCAAUUAAAAAGUGAAACAAAGUGAAAAAAGUGAAACAUGCCGAACAAGCUGCAUGAAACAGAAAAAUUCAUAUUAUCAUUUUCAUCAACUUAUUUUUACCUGAAUUUCUCAGAAAACUGUAUGUGCGUUGGAUUUUUAUUUUUUUUUUCAUUGAUUUUCCAUUGAUUAUGCAGCACAUACAUUUGUGUUUUUUAAGUGAAAAGGGUAGGGAGAGUGUAUAGGCCUAUCCAUUUAUAAGUCCUCCCUUAUAGACCUACAUCUUUACGUGACUUCUCGAACAUGUCGAAUGUCAAAUGUGCUCUUCAUUGAUUACAUUUUGCUCACAUUUUUCUACAUUUUUUGAUAGGAAUAUUAUGUUGAAUGUAUACUUUACUACUAUUUUCAUCCUAAAUUGAACAAAUAUAUUGUUGGUAAUCAAGUUAUUGGUUUGUACCUUUCUUAAUGCCCUGAACUACUCGAAGAUAAAGACAACAUCUAUAAAACACCGCUGUAUAGUUUGGUAAAAAAUCUGCAACGAAUAUCUAAUCAUGCUAUUAUUUUGUUAUGAUAUAUUGCUGUGGCCCAACAUAUAUAAAUGAUAAAUGAAAAUAUAGAGGUAGUGUGAUGAACUGCAAUUGAUUUGAAUUGGUUUUUGCAAAUACUGAUCUUUUACAGAGAAAAUCAUGAGAAAAACAUGUCUUACGUGCUGUAUUUUAAAUAUCGUGUUAUAUAUGCAAUAAACGGAUGGAAAAUGA